AUGAUCACAUCACCCACUUCCUCGUCGGCGUCAGACCACAACACCUCCGAUGCCGCACCUGCAGCGACUCGCGGCAACGGCCGUAAGUCACGCGUCUCAGCAGAGCACACGUUGAACCGGGUGCGCGAGAACCAGAGGAGACACCGCGCUCGACAGCGCGAUCAUGUCGCUUCUCUCGAGCAAAAGCUCGCCGAGACCGAAAAGUUGCUUGAAGAGGCGCGAGCGGAAAUCGCCGCUCUGAAAGCAGGAGGAUGCGCGGCGGGCUCACACCAACAACCCCAACGAGAGAAUACCAGCAACGACGAUGUUGAAGAAGGAGCAAGACAUGCAGGAGAAGGAAACGCGUCUACAUCUCAAGAUAUACCCAGACCACCCGUUUCCGCUUUAACCGAUUCGCAAACCGAUUCGCUAGCACUCACAUCCAUCCAACCAGAUCAGCUCAUCGACCCGCAACUAGCAAACUACCCUGAUGUCCACGGGCAUGUCCCAGACAUGAGCGACCUUUCCUUCUUGGGCGGAUCCUCUUUCUACCUGCCGUCGCCAUCGUCGUCGUCACGGUCAAACAUGUCUAACCAACACAACAACUCUCACGAUAACUGGUCCCCCACCCUGCUGCAACGACCCCCCAACUCCAAACUCACCCCCUCCAACAAACACGCUAGAAUGUACAUCCUGCUCCACGAAACCUCCCCCCUCCCCCAGUGA